GUAAAUGUAUGUGUGUAUAGUGUGAAGGUUAGGGUUAGGUUUUAUUCAAGAACACCAACAGAAUGUUCAUAUUACAUAAUCCAAUAUCACCACGCAAAUUCAAUACCGAAAAGUGUGGAACGAGCGAUACUCUCACCACAUUAAAUUUGCUUUUCAAUUCCAGAUUAACUUGGUGCCAUAAAAACGAUGAACCCGCCAGUAUACCAGCCAUCAAAUGGUCAGAUGCAGCAACCUCAAGGCGUCCAGUACCCCCCUCCAGGACAGUACCCACCUCCUGGGCAGUAUCCACCCCAGGGACAAUACCCCACACAAGCACCAUAUCCAUAUAUGGGACAGUACCCACAAGUUUGCCCUGCCCCACAGGUAGAACAGCCCCAGUCUCAACAAUCUCAACAACAACAAUCAUCUGUCGUCGUGGUCAACAGUGGACAGAGUGGGCAAAACGGACCACAGACUGUAGUUAUAAACAAACUGGGAAUCAACCACUGUAUGCACUGCUGUAUUUCAGUCUUCUUCUUCCCCUGGAUCGUCGUCUGGAUUAUACUGUGUAUCACGGAGCACAAUGCAAACAAGAGAUUCGAACAACCGAACGUGAAGUACAAUUAUUAAAAACAUCAUCAUUGCUGGACCAGUGUAUCACGUACUCAUCAUCAACGCUGAAUAGAUCAACAACGGACCAUGAUGAUAACUCGCAAUUCGAUGUUGUAUGUAAUAUAUAUGGGGGGGGGGGGGG